AUGAAAAUAAACUUCUUCAAAGAAAAAAACAAGAUUAAACUGAAUAAGAAUUUUGACCCUGAUUCAGAUAAUGCUUUUUCAAAUGCUAACCCAGAAUCGAAUAAUUACUUGACGGCUAACAGUGAUAACGAAUACGAUCAUUAUGGAUUCGAGAAGAAUAAAGAAUACCCAGCAGAAUCCACUACUGAUAAAGGGGCAUUAGAAAAACAUAAGAAAAAAAUUGAAAAAAGGUGGCAAUUAUAUUUUACUUUUAAAAGGGAUAUAAAAAAAAGCUAUUAUUUAAAAACAUUAAUUAGAAAGGGAAUACCGGAUAAAUUAAGACCGGAUAUAUGGCCAUACCUGUUAGAUAGCAUGGUAUUAUAUCUAAAAUAUCCUACCAUAUAUGAAAAAUGCCUAAACAGUGAAUUAGAGGCGAAAGUUAUAAGUCAAAUUGAGUUGGACAUAAUCCGAACCUUCCCGCAUAAUAAAAACUAUCGUAUGAAUUCUCCCGGAUUAAUUCAGCUGAGGAAUGUUUUACACGCCUUUGCUGUUUAUAAACCCAAAAUAAAUUAUUGCCAAAGUAUGAAUUUUAUUGCUGCCAUUGCUUUAAUAUUUUUAAAAGAAGAAUUAGCAUUUUGGUCAAUUGUCCAGUUAAUUGAUUCGGAUUAUUCCCACGAAAAAAUUAACAUUAGUGAUUAUUAUAAUAAUGAAAUGAGAGGACUUCGUAGAGAUAUUAUCGUCAUAGAAGAAUUGAUACGAUCGAAGUUGCCAGAUGUGCACUUGCGUUUAAAAGAAUUCGACGUAGAUCUUUCCUGGAUAUGUUCCGAAUGGCUGUUGUGCUUAUUUUGCACAGCCUUUCCGAUAACAACAACGUUACGCAUAUGGGACUGCUUGUUCUACGAAGGUGAUAAAAUAAUCUUCAGAAUUACACUAGCCUUGUUUAAAAUGAACCAGGAAAAGUUAAUUGAAUUAAAUUCAUUAGAAUCUAUCCUAUUAUUAUUCAAGGAGACAACCAAAAAUAUGGUCGAAUGCGAUAAAUUGAUGUAUAUCGCUUUCAACGAAAUAGGCGUUCUUAAAAAAAAAAAAAUAAAAAAAUUAAGGGCAAAAGCUGAAGGUAUUAUUAAAAGUGUAACAUGA